UCUCUCUCUCUCUCUCUCUCUCUCUCUCUCUCUCUCCCCCCACCGCCUCUGUGUUUGCUCUUCUACCUAUUAGUUAUUUAUUUAUUUAUUUUUAUUUUUGGAUUAUCUCCCAAAUUCUGUGGCUACGAUGCUCUGGUUUUCGCUUUGAAUUUUUUGUGGAAGGUAUUGCAAUUGGAAAAGGGAUGGAGUUGAUCUCCAACCCUAGAAAGAUUUGAUUGCUUAUGGCUGCUUACGUUUUUUAUUGAAUUGGGAAAUUGUAGAUUUAUUUAUUGGGGGAAAAUUGGGGAUUUUGUGCAAAAUAAUUUUGGGCUGAAAUAAAAAGAAGGGAAGAUGGGGAAAGUGUCUCCAAAGGAGAGGAAUUCGAAGAACCCGAAACAGAAGAAGCGGCGGGGUUCCGGCAACAAGUAUCUGAAACCUGGUGCUCUUGCCCAGCUUAAGUACAACAAGGUGUCUUCAGCCAAGUCUUGUACUGAUCUGGGGUGGAAAAGGGUGGCUGUCUUUGAGAGCAAGAAGGUUGAGGGCGAUAUGGUGAUUGAAGAUAAGGCUAUCGAUAAAAGCCCUUUGAUGUUGUCCCCUGUGAAUUUGGUUAGACAGAAUAGUUUGUUGAAAACUCCAAAGACUCCUCGAGUUGAAGCUUGCGAGUCGGAGUCCCGGCUUGAGUCCCUUCCCAUGGAUUUGCUGGUUAAAUUAUUGUGUCACUUGCACCACGACCAACUGAAGUCGGUUUUUCACGUUUCUCAGCGAGUUAGAAAAGCUGUUGUAAUUGCAAGGCAGUUCUACUUUAAUUACACAACUCCAGAUCGCUCCAGACAGGAGAUGUUGAAUACAAUGACACCCCAUCCCGCAGAGCACUGGCCUUUUCUAAACAAGGGAGAUGGGAAAGGUACAUGGAUUCGGAGCCCCCAUACUCCAAAAGCACCAAAGCAUGGUCCCCGGCCACCAUCCCGCCUCAAAGUCUCAGAAAUGAGGCAGGUUGCAGCAGUUCUCUUCCAGGAGUCAAAUUUCCAUUCAAGAUGCAUGAUGCCAUCUGCCUUACCAAAGCCCCUGUGCAAAAAUCGAGUUCUGUUCUACGAGGACGAGCUAUGUCAGGCUGUUGCUCAGAACAAACUUCUUUGAACUGGUUGGCUUGUGUUUCUAUAUGUAUAUAUAGUUUCUUUCUCGUAUCUAUAGGUGGUGUGAUCAGGGUAGGGAGUAUGCAAUUUUGUAGAGUUUGCUGGGGGCGGUUUAGGAUACAUGGAACCUCAUGUUUGAAUUAGGAGGCAAAAGAAUUCAGAUUAUGGUUGUGCGAAUAAUAGUUUCUAAACUGGUCACUUGUAUAUUUCGUAUAAUAUGUUUCGGAACAACGGCUAGUUGUAUUCCGAGCGAUAUCGUUUCUAUUUUAUGCAAAAUCUGAUUUCUCUGCAAA